AUGCUUGCACAUCAAGAGAAGCGUAUGGAAGUGCUGUCCCUGAGCCUGGAGAACAGGGAUCCCCGCAAUGUGGAGCAUUUUCUUCAGGUGAUGGUUAACAAUGCUGAGCGAUGGGCCGAUGAAGGCUGGGGUGGAUACUUCCAGCCAGGAAUGCAGGCAGAUCAACCAAUAACUCUGUUUAUGGCGACAUCAAUGAUGAACCAUACGCAGGCAGAGCAGUCAAUGAAGCCAAUCCUAGACUUUGCUCUGCAUUCUGGUACCACUGCGUCCCCAAAUCUGACAACCUUUACCGGAUAUGGAGAGUUGAUGCAGAGUAUGGACACGCUGAAUACCAUGUCGCUGAACCACUAUCAAGCGGCUGUCUCCAUGUCAUCGCGUAUUGUGCCCCGUGUCAAUUUUCAGGGGACGGCGAACAAACACAGGCUCGUUGAAGUGCUCAAUGAUAUCAUGCUUACCCUUGAGCAGAAGACUAAUUCUUCACUUUCAUUGCCCCCGUUACUUGUCUGCCUCACCACCCCAGUCAUGUACUCGAAGCACCUUCCGGGCAUGGAUCGGGAAGGUGGUCCCGGAUACUCUUCAGUCACACCCGCGUGGCGUGAUGGAUUGUGGCAUGUCAUUCAUAAACGAGCAUGGGUAGAUGAGGUUGAACCAUCUACCGUAGUAGAUAUUUGGAAGGAGACGAGCCAGUCCAUGAACCCGCUACGACAAUUGACACCUGGCGGAGGUGCAUACCAAAAUGAAGGAGAUGUGUUCGAGCCAGAUCCGAUUGGCGCAUUCUGGGGGAAGGACAACUAUGAUCGGCUUCUAAAGUUAAAAAAGGAAGUGGAUCCCGAUAAUAUCUUCACAGUGCAUCAGGGAAUAGGCUGGGAGGAAAGUGAUAGGCGGUAUAGUUGUUAUCCUAAGUUAGUUUGA